UCUGUUUUGAUGCGCUGCCUGUCUGUAGGUGGUGAAGCCUCGUUUGGUGACACUUUUGUUUUUAUGUUAAUAUUUUCUUUUACAAACCGCGGCGCUUUUGUCUACGCGCAGGUUUAUAUAGCCAGGGGAAGGAAUGAUGACGGCGUUUAUCAGCGGUUGAGGAAGCUGUAUCUGAAGAGCCACUUGAGAUCGCCUAUAAGCCUCUGCCAUGAGUUGUUUGGAUGUUAUGUAUCAUCAUCAGAGUUAUGGAGCUCAUCACUAUCUGCCCUCGACAUCAGCGGCGGCGGCGGCGUACAAAGCGGCGUAUUUACACCAUCACCACCAGCAGCAGCAGCAGCAGCAGAAGAAGUUCAGCGUCUUCAGCAGGAUGCAGGAUUCAGAGGAGUUUCCCUCGCACUGCGGCCAGAAUAAGCAGCCCGGAGCUCUGAAGUCCCGCUCUGAGCCUGAGCUUCUGCCAGAGGAGGAGCAGAGCAGUGGGGAAGAGGAUCGCUGUAAGGAUACACUACAGCCCGCCGACGCCGAGUACUUGAGUGCCAGGUGUGUGGUCUUCACCUAUUUUCGUGGAGACAUCGGGGAUGUGGUGGACGAGCAUUUCUCACGCGCUUUGAGCCAGAACAGUGCCUUUAGCAAUGACACCAAGGCCAGCAGACUUAACCCUGGAGGACCAUGGAAAGAAGGAAACUCCCACUCGGAGGGUCAGACUAGCUCUUUACCUUCAUCUCUAUGGGGCAGUGGUUACCCGUCCCAGAGCAGCCCUUGUGUCCCAUCGUCUCACCACGACUUCCCCCCCAGCGCCGCUUUUCACCCCGCAGACAAUGGCAUCUGGAGCAGCCACAGCCUCGCUCCUCCUCCUUCUGCUCUCACAGACUCCUGGCACUACAGCCUAGGACCACAGAGUGGAGCAGGAUAUCCUCACGUCCAUGAGAUGUACCCUCACAUGCACCCACGGCACCCACAUCCACACGCUCAUCACGUGCUCCAUCAUGCCCACAGCCCUGCUUUGGACCCCCGCUUCAACCCGCUUCUGUUACCAGGCGUAAGGGCGUCCUGCAGUCCAACAUCCUGCACCGAUACAAUAAAAACAGAGCUGGAGCCCAGCAGUAUCCCGACACCGAGCUGGCCUGCUUCUUUCCAUGGGUCAGUGGACAUCUACGAUACAGCUUUGGAGCAGGACAAAGCGAAGGCCAGCGUUUGGUUCUGAGAUUGACUGGACUUGACGCUUUGAAGUGGACCACUUCUACAGCCCAGGUCCACAUACAUCACUGCCUGUGGAUUCUUUCCUCCAAGGACUUUCUUGGGAACUAUUCAGGAGGACAUCAGUGUCUAUCAGCGAAACCAGCACAAAAACAGCUUCGGGGAAAACGAGUGUUUUCAUAAAGCAUACCAUCCUGUCUGGGUUUGUGCCCUUUAAUGUGCACUCGUAGACACAGAUCCAAUUCAGGACGCUUCUCCUCCUCUCAUCUGGGCUUUGAAAAAUAAGGUUUAAGAGGCGCAUCUUCUUUCUUCACACCCAAAGAGUUUUACUCGACAUGGUUGAUGCUUUAGUACUGCAUUGAUGUACUCACCACAGGUUCUGUUGAAAGAACCGAACGUAUUAGUACAGUACUGUGUGAAGGUCGGAGAAAAUCUUUAAUAUAUUUGUCUAAAAUAGUCUUUUGACUUUUCUUGAUUGUUGUUUUCUGUGUUAAUAGAUUAUUUGGGAACACUUUACUUGAAGGGGUGUUCAUAAGGUGUUUAUAAUCAUGACAUGAAGAUGAAGGAGAUUGUAUGCAUGCUUAUGACAGCUGUCAUUGAGUGAUUAAAUGCACUGAUGACAUUGUUUGACAUGUUUUUGUUACAAAAGUUUGACAUAACCAAGCCAGCAUAGCUUGUCGGAAAUCUGUCAUAAACAUAAUUGAGGCCAUUGGGUCAUGAAUAUAUAGAGCUGAACAUAUAUGAGUACACCCCUCACAAAUCUCUCAUUUAGAUUCAUAUUUCCUAUAGGAAGCUGUACAAUAUUACAUUUGUGGAUCAGUGACGUGUGGUGAGAUUUGUGGCCGGUGAGGCAUAUACUUUUUCAGGGUCAGAUUUACAAAUAUAUGCACCCAAUAUAUUUGCCAACAACCGAUUGUGUUUGAUAUAGCAUAUCAGCAUUCUUUUUGUGCACAUAGCAGGUACAUAUUGGGCCGAGAAUGAAUGUAAAAUGUAUAGCGAUUCAAUAUGGCUCCCAAAAACACCAAGGUGGAAGCUACAGACAGCCUAUAACAAGCGACCAAGCGACACAGCACCACAUGGGAUGUGUGUGCUAGCUCUUUGUCUCUCAAAACAUAAAAUAACAAACUCCAAUUGAACUUCACUUGAUGUAAAAAAAGAGCAACCACUGAACAAGAAUAACCAUGAUCUCACGCGCACCCUCUACAGUGUGGCAAAGCUACUGCCUGUCUCAUCUUCUGUCUUUUCCGUGAUAGACAUACUGCACAUUAAAUACAUUACCUAUUAUAUGGAAAGUGAGGACAUGAUGUCUACAAUGUAUAAAAACAUUUUAAUAAAGCAUUACAUUGGUAGCAUACACUGAGUAAGCAAAAGGCACACACUCAAGCCAUUGUGCAGGGGUUUGCACAAUCUGAUGUGAGGCACAGCUCGAGCUGUCUUACCUCGCUUACUAUGCUGUAGUUGAGCCGGAAAUAUGCAAAAUACAAUAUUUUUGUUAUAAAAAUUAUUGAAAUCAUUUGAAUCUAAUAGAAAUUGCAUUCAUAGCACUGAUCAGUGGACAAAUAUUUAUUUUAUGGUUAAUAUAUAUCUCAUGAUGGCAGGUGAAGAUGCCUGAGGAUGGCAGGUGAGGAGCUUACCUAAGAAAAUAACUUACAAAUACUGUCCAAAAUUAGUACACCCAAAUUUAUGUUAGGUAAAAAUAUUUAACAAAAAUUAAAAUAGCAAAAUUCAAGAGAAACAAAUAUUUUACAAAGUUUGGUUGAAAUUUAUAUGUUCGGUAAAUUUUAUUUUAAUAAAUAUAUCGGUUUAAUAAAUCUGUUCUGUUCAAAUGCACCAAAAAUUGUUAUCUAAGAUAUAUUUCACUGAGAAAUGGAUAAAAAUAUUAAUUUUCAAAAUGGGGUUUAUGUUCAUUCAUGUUGAGCACUGCAUGUCUGACCUCUUUUCAGUGAAACAAAAAUAAUUUCUAGGUAAAAUUUCUCAAUACUCUAUCAAAUAUUUUUAUAGCAACGUCGACCUGGGCGAAAACGCAAAAAACAUUAUCACGAUAUCAUGUUUCAUAUCAUUCGAUAUCGAUAAUUAUUGAAUAU